CGCUUUCCCACGGUGAGAUUCUGCAGUACGGAAAUCAUCUGUCAAAUUCCCACGUUGCGACACAGUACCAUAAACUUUCCAAUAGGAGAGUUGUUAUUUAGAAAAGAUGUCGGAUUUGGGCAAUUUUAUAAUUGGAGACGGCGGACUCGAUUUGCAAGAACUGUCCGCCAUUAACGACUUCGAUGUUUUUCUAUAACUGUAAAUUGUUUGGCAUGAGGGGCCAUGACGAACACCAUGCACUUGAGUGUGAUCAGUUCAUUAUUGGAGAAGACUCUAAAGGAAAGUACUUCGAGUUUGUGGGAAGAGCUUCGAAGACAUUCAAAGGAGGACUCGCGCAGCGAGAGAUCGACAUAAAGAAUAUCAGACACUACAGUAACCAAGGUGAACGCUUCAUAGUCGAUUUGUAUGAGCUAGAAGUACCUGCAGGUCCUAGUCUCUGGGAAAUUCUACAGGCGUGGAUUACCUGGCACACCUCCGAGGUUUGGGAACCAACCGGAAGGAGUUUAUAAACUGAGAAAUCUUAUGAAAAUUAUUUGUGCACGCGCGGGAUUAAGUGGAAAUUAUACCAAUCAUUCGGGAAAACGCACAUGCGCAACACAACUCUACAUCGCCGGGGUUGAUGAGCAGGAGAUCAUGAACAUAACUCGACAUAGGUCAGAAAAGGCUGUGAGAAAAUACAAGUCAGCUGACGAAUCGGUGUUACGCAAAGUAUCCUCAGUGUUAGGUCCUCCACAGAAAAGAAAAUGUCCCGAAAACAAAACUCACCAAGAAGAGCCGACUGCCAAACGUGCUACAGUGCCUCUCAGUGAUAUAAGUAAUCUCCCGACAGGAAGUCUUUUUAACAACUGUCAAGUUACUUUUAAUGUCGGAAACAAGUGACCUUUUAAACGAUUUUUGAAGACGUGGCAUAGUGACAUUAGUGUUUAUGAUUUUUAAGAAGACAUCGGG